AAAACCCUUCUCCGUGUUUUGGUGAGUCGAAUGAACUAGGUCUAUCAGUUGAUUUACUGUCGAGUCACCCUUUGUGAAACCCGACUGUAAGCAAUGCAAUAAAUUAUUCUUUUUCAAGUGAUUAUAGAGAUGAUUAUGAAUGACACGUUCGAAAACUUUACUUAAAACUGGCAACAGUGUGAUUGGUCGAUAGUUCGUUGGUGUGGAUGCAUCGCCAUCUUUAUACAAAGCGUUGAUAUAACCGGUUUUAAAAAGCUCGGGAUAUACUCCGGUUUGUAGAGACUGAUUUAUUAUUUGUGAAAUGUAUUCACUCGUAAUUAAUGAUGACUCUUUUAAUAAUCUCGAUGUUAUACCUGGACUGCUCGCUUUAUUUACAUCUAACUUGCGUAAUAUUUUCUCUACAUCGCAUGAUGUUACCACUAUUUGACUUAAUUUAUUUGUUGAUGAUGCUAAGUGAGGAAAAGGCUUCCUGUUAUCUGAACCACUCAUUGUGCAGGAACGGUGUAGAUUGAAUGGAUUGUGCAGGAAUCGUUUUUUUAACUGAAAAUAAAAACCAAGUUCAUUUCUAUCACAAUUGGUGAGAAAACUGUGCUUCGGGCUUUUUCCAAUUAUUAUGCAAAAAAUGUCCCAGUUUCUCGCAUUAUUCAUAGAAAAUUAUGUACUUUUUCCGCGCUGCACCAAAUUAGGUAAAAAUUGGGCGCUAUGUGCAAAAUUUUUCGGUGAAUCCGACAGCGGGUUCCUUAUAAUUAUACUUUGACUUCUUUUCUGGUGUCGACAUAAUCUACGUGGAUCUACGUGUAAUCUUCGUGGAUCUGGUGUCGUAUAAUCUACGUGCUUGUAUUUGCCAAAUUAAUUUCAAUGUUUUAUUGUGGCUGUUGUGUAGAAUUGCAUGGUUUAUAUUUCACCAAAUAGAUAAUAGUAAGAGUUAAAAUAAUAAUGAGGGUGUCCACCUAAAGAGAAGAACGAAGGAAACUGUGUUAUUAAUAACUAUACGCCACAGUUUCCUUCGUUCUUCUCUUUAGGUGGACAUCAAUACAGCAACAUUGGCUUUUGUAAAGAAUGGUACAGUGGAAUUAGCCUUAGAAUUAAAAGAUACCCAGGUAGCAUUGAAUGAUAGUACUCGUGUAGUUCGAGAAACCAAAGCAGAUGUAGCUCGAUUAAAUGCUUCGGUUGGUGAAUUAAGUGGUGAUAAUUCGACAUUUAAGCAGAAAAUGACACAAACUCUGCUGUAUUUAUCAAUCAAUGAAAUAUUAAGUAAUAGGCCCAAUUUAGUGUUCAUUAGAUCAAGUGAUGUUCCUGCUGUUAUUCAACAAAUCAUGCAAGAAACAAAUGAUUCAUUAGAUAGUAUUUUAGAAGAUCAGUCACCAGUAUUAUUCACCAAUACUAAACUAUCAUCAUGCAGGUAUGAACAUGUGGAAGAUGUCGAUCACCACACUCUUCAGUUAAAUGGCGGAUAUUGGACAGUGUCUAGUAACAGAACUCUUGAGUGUGUUCUUGUGCCUGUUAUGCCCAGUUCUGAUGAAAUUGGUGAAUUAUCAGCACGAAAUGUGAAAAACUUCAUACCACCUGUAUCAUCAGUUCAUGUUCCACCAAAUUCAUUUUAUGCUUGUGCUGAUGAUCAGUUUAAUUUAUAUGGUACACCAGUUAGUAGUAGUAAUACGAGUUUGUUUAUAAUAUCAAAUAAUACAUUAUCUCGUCCAGAUAUUGAUGUGUUUACUAUUCAGAAGACGAUCAAUGAUACAUACUUAUCCAAUUUAAAAUUUAUUGAUUCGGAGAUUAAUGAUAUCAUUGACUUGAUUACACAGACACUCCCAAUAUCGAUAUUCAGAUAA